ACACCUGGGGAGCGGCGGGAGGGUGAUGGCGGGGUACCGAGGAGGGGCCCCGACCCGAAACGCCCACCCUGGAGGCCGGGGCCGCCCCUCCUGAGACCGGGGGAAGGUGGGGACUCCCAGUCCCCGCGGGCGGCCCUGUCGGGGUUUGAGGGUUUAACGGGGGACCGGGCCGUAACGCCGCCACCAUGCGCGCCCCUCCGCGGCUCAAGCGGCACUCGUACGGCGGCCAUUGGGCCCGGCCGGCACCCGUCGCCGCGGUGGCAUCUGGGAAGGAGAGAUGAUGGCGGCGGAGCCGAGCAAGACGGAAAUCCAGACUCUCUUCAAGCGCCUCCGCGCAGCACCGGCAAACAAGUCCUGCUUCGACUGCGGCGCCAAGAACCCGAGCUGGGCCAGCAUCACCUACGGGGUCUUCCUCUGCAUCGACUGCUCCGGCGCGCACAGGUCCCUGGGCGUGCACCUUAGCUUCAUCAGGUCCACAGAAUUGGAUUCUAACUGGAGCUGGUUCCAGCUGAGGUGUAUGCAAGUGGGCAGCAACGCCAACGCGACUGCUUUCUUCCGCCAGCAUGGGUGCACUACCACAGAUGCCAACGCUAAGUAUAAUAGUCGAGCUGCCCAGAUGUACAGGGAGAAGAUCCGGCAGCUGGCAAGCGCUGCCAUGGCCAAGUAUGGCACUGAUCUGCUUAUAGAUGGACUGAGUGGAGCCACUGGGCACUCCCCUGACAAAAGUGAUGCUGAUUUCUUCAUGGAGCACACACAGUCUUCCAGUACCUGGGAUGUAGCCAGUGCCAGCCAGAAUCCUGCACAGUCUUCCCCGGAGGUGGAAAAAGCAUCAAAGUCAUCAGAAGGCAGUGAAGUGUUGAGUUCCAGCCAAGGCCCAUCUAUUGACUUUUUGAGCACAUCUCCUAAAGCUCCUCUAGACAUGUCCAUGUAUCUUUCAACAAAAGGGCCUGCUCCUGCCAGAGAACUUAAACCCUCCCUCAUUGGAAAGAAGAAGCUAGGAGCUGCCAAGAAAGGGUUGGGUGCAAAAAAAGGUCUUGGAGCCCAGAAAGUGAGCAGCCAGAGCUUCAGUGAGAUUGAGCGGCAAGCCCAGGUGGCAGAGCAGCUGAGGGAGCAGCAGGCAGUGGAGUCCAGGAAACAAGCUGAGGAGUCCAUAGUUACCUCAAUGCGACUAGCUUAUCAGGAACUGCAGCUUGAUCGGAAGAAGGAAGAGAAGAAACUUCAGAACCUUGAAGGGAAGAAGCGCGAACAAGCAGAGAGGCUGGGCAUGGGCUUGGUGUCCAGAAGUUCUGUAUCGCACUCAGUGAUGUCUGAGAUGCAAGUAAUCGAGCAGGAGACGCCACUGGCUGCAAAAUCUUCCCGUUCCCAACUGGACUUGUUUGAAGAUGCUGGAGGCUUCACAUCUGGACCCCCCAAGUACAAACAUAAUCCCUUCUCAUUCGAAGAUGCACUUGGCUCACGAUGGGAAACAGACUCCUCGUGGGGUAUGGACAAAGAGGAGGAACCCGAGGUGACCAUUUCCAAUAUUCGGCCGGUUUCAGAGAGACCCACCAGUAGGCGGGAGACAGAGAACAGGACAUCAGUGGUGGAAUCCAAUGAAGCUCGGCAGAAGUUUGCAGGGGCUAAAGCCAUCUCGUCAGAUAUGUUCUUUGGGCGGGAGGCAGACACUGAGUAUGAAGCCAGAUCCCGACUGCAGCAGCUCUCAGGCAGCAGUGCCAUCAGCUCUGCAGACCUAUUUGGAGAGGCUGAGAAUGUGCACUCAGGUGGCGUGUCCAUUGGAAAUGUCCUGCCUGCAGCUGACAUUGCACAGUUCAAGCAAGGAGUGAAAUCUGUUGCUGGCAAGAUGGCUGUCCUAGCCAAUGGGGUGAUGAACUCCCUCCAGGAUCGUUAUGGUUCAUAUUGAUGACCCAGGGACUGCAACUCACAGGGAAGCCAGCAAGAGGCACUGGUGCCACCUAUGCCUGGAGUAAACUCUGGAGGAUUGUCUUAGUUUGUCUGGGGUGGGUGGGGAGGGGAGAAGUUAAGCAGAGGGGUCAGGACAUGGCUGUACCCAGGAUGCUUUCCAAAUAUCUCUGGAUUCCACUCUAUUAAAAUUCAGUGUGCCCUCAUACCCACUGCUAUCUGCUAGUCAGUGGAGACAGGCCUUCUUACAGGGUUAACCUUACUGCUAUAAAAGAUAUGACAGGAACUCCUGGGCUGCCCUCA